UAUAUAUAUGUAUAUAUUUCAAGUCAUCCAGUGGAGCGUUGGUAGCUGGUUUGGUUGAGAACAAUCACCUGACUCGGCUUCUUCAUGCCCGUCAUGAGCGUACCAGCUCAGCAGAAACCCAGCGCCAAAAGAACGGGCAAACGCAUCACAUUUUUCAGCGAUCAAACCACAGCAAUGAAGGAGAGUCCUCAACAGCCUGAAGGGUCCUACUAUGUCCCCGGUGGCCCUGCCUCAGACCCCGGACAGAGCGAGGCUGCAAGUACUGUAACCUCCAAUCCAGAGGCCCCUCACAUGUACCUGAACUCUGUCAUCUUCAGCCCAGACAAGGGUGACCAGAGCAGGGGUCAUUAUCAGCAGACUGUGCCUAUGAAAUGGGCCCACCAGGAGCCCAGUCAGCAGCAGCCAUCCGUGUCCCAGCAGCAGAGAGCUGCCUCCUGGAAUACCAUGACUAACUGGGGACACAACUUUACUAACUACAUGGGGGGAGUCAACGUAACGGACUCAAGGACCCAGAAUACAUUUGUGAAGUCAAUGCACGAGACUUCUGGUUUACAGCCACAUCAACAGCCCCCAAACAGAGCGGCAGACAAGCAACAGUUGGGGCCAAACCCUGCAGUUGAAGCGUACAGGGAUGCGUCUAAGGCUCCGGGGCUGGAUUGGGAGCAGCAGCAGUCCCAGGCCUUUCAGGAGACCUUGAAACCUGGGGCGCUGAACACCCAGCAGCACAGCACGUCCCAUCCAGGAGGAAGCUCAGUGUUGCAACCCUUCCAGUUGGCCUUUGGUCAGCCCAAGCAGCACCUGCCAGCGUACUACCAGGCAUUUCAAGGCAACAGGACGACCCUACCCAACCCACCUAACUACCCAACGCAAGCGAAACCCCCACACCAGUUGCAGCAGCAAGAGCAAAUACAACGCCAGCAACAACAUCAUCACAUACUUCAGCAGCAAAUUCAGCAGCAGCACCAUCAACAACUGCAGCAGCAACAAAUCAUUCAGCAUCAACAGCAUGUACAGCAACAGCUUCAGCAGCAGCAACAAAUGCAGCACGAGCAGCAGCAGCAGCAGCAACAACAAAAGAUACAGCAACAACAGCAACAGCUUCAAAUUCAGCAGCAAAUGCAACGUCAGCAGUUGCAACAACAAAACCCUCAUGUGCUUGACUAUUACCCCGGUGCACAAAAUGCACACCCGCAUCCACAGCCCGUGGUGGUGGUGCACUCCCAGGAGUCCUCGGCUCCAGUUCUCCCAAAGAUCCAGGAACCAAUUAUCCAGGACAUCACCCCAGAACCCCAGCAGCCUUCGGAUCUGCUGCCGCCCAUUCUGCAGCCCGAGGCCCCGUCCCAGUCACAACCCCAAACUCAAUCCCAAACGCAGCUUCGCAGAUCACGGCGGCUCUCAAAGGAAGAGGGGGCGCCGUCGGACAACCCUUUUCUCUCAGUCUCUUCGGAUCAGGCUGCCCCGGGGCCGCAGGGCUCCCAGAACGGGGCCCGAGACGUCCAGGCAGCCCCAACAGGCGUCAUCCAGAGCACGCGGAGGAAACGCAGGGUGUCCCAGGAGGUCAACCUGGAGACUCUCGCUCAGAAGGCCUCGGAAAUGGAGUCUCUACCACCACAUAUUGUAAAGGAGCCCCACAGGCCGUGGAGUCCCACUGGAACAGGGGGUCUGAACGCCAAGCGGCCUCGAGACGAGCUCCUGCCGCUCGUCAUCCCUGUGUCUGUUCCAGUGCGAAGACAGGGUGCCUCCCCUCCCGACAGAGAUGAAGCAGCCCUGGCCCCCAACUGGCCACCCAGGCCUUCAAACCCCCUGGACCUCGGCCGCCCCGACCACAAGCCCUCGGUCAUCGUCACCCGGAGGCGCUCACUCAGGAACUCCGCGUCGGAGAGCUCAGAGCAGAAUGGAAGAACCGAAGGGGAGAAAGACGAUGAAGGCAAAAAGUUUAAACGGCGUCCGCGGCCGGAACCCCUUUUCAUCCCGCCGCCCAAACCUGGUUUAUUCAUCACCCCCUCUGUCUACUCCAGCAUCACACCCUACCAGAGCCACCUACGAUCCCCCAUCCGCCUCGCCGAAAACCCUCUCUCCAUUCCCCCUUACACGCCGCCGCCAAUCCUCAGCCCCGUCCGCGAGGGCUCCGGGCUCUACUUUUCCACUUUCCUGUCCUCUGUCGCAGCCAGCGGCCAGGGCCUGCCGCCUCCUGCAACGCCCAAGUCGGCAACACGCAGCCUGUUGCGCUCCAACAGCUGCGACAUCACACCACCAGUUCUGUCUGCUAUAGGCGAGGCCACUCCAGUCAGCAUAGAACCACGGAUAAAUAUUGGGUCGCGGUACCAGGCCGAGGUGCCAGAGCUGAGGCGGCGGUCAGCUGUCGAGCUGGAUCAUCAUCGAGCGGAGCUGGCCUGGGCUCCACUGAAUGAGCUGGAGGAAAAGCCUGACCUCCAGCAGAGAGUGGAAGACCUCAUGCACCUGGCCUGCUCCAGUGUUUUGUGUGGAGGCGGCACCAACCAGGAGUUAGCCCACCAUUGUCUGUAUGAGUGCAAAGGGGAGAUAAUGGCCGCUCUGUCCCUCCUGAUGCUGAGGAAUCCGGUUUUCCCCAAGUCUCAUAAUCUGGCAAACUACCACUACUCUGGAUCAGACAGCUGGACCGCAGCUGAGCGACGCCAGUUCAACAAAGGCAUCGCUGCAUACAAGAAGGACUUCUUCCUGGUGCAGAAACAGGUGACCACUAAGUCAGUGGCGCAGUGUGUGGAGUUUUACUACACGUACAAGAAGCAUGUGAAGAUGGGCCGCAACGGGAUGCUGAUUUACGGCGAGGUGGAGCCGCUUGAGAGCAAGACCACCGAGGAGGAGACGGACCACAAGCAGGGCUAUCGCAGAUCGGAGCCACUGAAGGAGGAGGACAGCAGGAAGUGGGAGGGGUCAGCUGACAGGAAGCAGGAAGUCGGCCCCCCCGGGGCGACUCACACGCUGCAGUCCGCUGACAAUCCGGGGACCGUCCUGAUCAUGAAAGGCCAGGAGGACGUUGGGAGGGACCAGCUGCUGUCCCGGGUCAUCCACCCCCCUCCGCCACCCCCGCCCAGCUCCAAAUCCCGCUACGACGGCAACGCACGCAAGACCGGCCCGUCGACGGUCAACAAAGGCUCAGCUGGUCAGGAGGGAGAGUUUCCCUGCAAGAAAUGUGGCAGGGUUUUCUACAAGGUGAAGAGCCGCAGCGCCCACAUGAAGAGCCACGCCGAGCAGGAGAAGAAGGCCGCAGCGCUGCGGCAGAAAGAGGCCGAUGAGCGAGCGGCGGCGAAGGCGGCAGCCGAGGCCGCCGCGGUCCUCGCCGCGCGGCAGCUGAACGGGACGAGACAAACGGGCGGGGACAGCACCAACGACGACUUGUCGGCCGGGGACGACGACGAAGACGAUGAGGACUGGCAGUGAGAGAAAAAGGGCCGCGCACACUGACUGCACUGUGCAGCGUGGCUUCACUCUCUGGGACGGGAGGAGGGAUAUUUAAAAGGAGAAGAAGAAUCCCUCCUGUGAACUUUGUGAAUAUCUUUGUGGAACAAGAAGACUUCCGUUGCUUGGCACAUUCAGGGACAGAUUUACUCCUGUGUAUGUGUGUUAGUGAAUGCGUUG